UUUACGUCACACGCACAGAACCAACUCAAAUUAUCCUUUAGCAAAUCAAGCUAACAUGCAUGCUGCGGUUAUCUGACCUGUGACUGGAGAAUAACCUAAGAGUAAAGUUUUUUUAAACGCAGGCUUAUUUGCCAUUUUUCGUGCUUUAUCUCAGGGGAUUUGUAGAAGGCGGUGAGUUUCUUGGUUCAGUGAACAUGUGGAGCUCAGGCCGCCGUGCCCUUCAGGAUCUGAUGCUCCACCAGCAGACUGCUGUCAGGAGCUUCUCCCUCAGCCCUGCUCAGAAUACAGUGAUCGUGGAGAGAUGGUGGCAGGUGCCCUUAUCACAAGAAGGCCGUCCGCCCAGGCUUCACCCUCGAAGACACAAAAUCUACAAACUGGUUGAAGACACCAAACAGGCUCCGAAGCAGAAGAUGGAGCUCAUCCUGACGGCCACAGUUCCCAAGCUCGGAGUGCGAGGGGACACCGUGUUUGUGAGAAAGUCAGCUGGCAGAAAUAAGCUGCUGCCCCGAGGCCUCGCAGUGUAUCCUUCACCGGAGAACAAACACAUGUUUGAAGAGGAGAUAAAACUCCUGCGUGAGGGGAAGCCAGAGGAAAGAGUUCAAACCCGCACUGCACAGUUGACAGUAGAGAUCCUUAAAAAAUCCCAUUUAAACAUUAGCAGAAUGCCUUUGGAAGAAUUCCAGGUCAAUAAAGAAGUGGUCUGUAGGCAGUUCAAAAUUAAGCUGGGAGUUUUUGUGCCUCCUCAUGCAUUGAGUCUGCCAUUUGAGUCGGUCAAGGAGGAGGGCGACUACUGGUGUGAAGUAACGGUUAAUGGAAUGGACAUAGUUCGUGUCCCUCUGUCUGUGGUGCCAUAUAAGGACCCAUCAGCAAUCUAUCAGAAGCAGCUGAAAGCGCAAAUAGCGCAGGCAGCCGCAGAUGCUGCUGCUGCUGCUGAGGACGAGGAGGCUGCUGUGAAUCUAGUGUCUGAAGCUGCAGUGGACGAAGCUGCCGUGAAGCUGGUGUCUGAUCCUGCCGUGGAGCUGGUGUCUGAUCCUGCCGUGGAGCUGGUGUCUGAUCCUGCCGUGAAGCUGGUGUCUGAUGCUGCGGUGGAGCUGGUGUCUGAUCCUGCCGUGAAGCUGGUGUCUGAUGCUGCGGUGGAGCUAGUGUCUGAUCCUGCCGUGAAGCUAGUGUCUGAUCCUGCCGUGAAGCUGGUGUCUGAUCCUGCCGUGGAGCUAGUGUCUGAUCCUGCCGUGGAGCUGGUGUCUGAUCCUGCCGUGAAGCUGGUGUCUGAUCCUGCCGUGGAGCUUGUGUCUGAUCCUGCCGUGGAGCUAGUGUCUGAUCCUGCCGUGGAGCUAGUUUCUGAUCCUGCCGUGGAGCUAGUUUCUGAUCCUGCCGUGGAGCUAGUUUCUGAUCCUGCGGUGGAGCUAGUUUCUGAUCCUGCCGUGGAGCUAGUUUCUGAUCCUGCCGUGGAGCUAGUUUCUGAUCCUGCGGUGGAGCUAGUUUCUGAUCCUGCGGUGGAGCUAGUUUCUGAUCCUGCCGUGAAGCUAGUGUCUGAUGCUGCUGUGGAGCUGGUGUCUGAUGCUGCGGUGGAGCUAGUGUCUGAUCCUGCCGUGGAGCUGGUGUCUGAUGCUACAGUGGAGGAUGCUGCUGUGAAGCUAGUGUCUGAUGCUCCAGUGGAGGAAGCUGCUGUGAAGCUAGUGUCUGAUGCUCCAGUGGAGGAAGCUGCUGUGAAGCUAGUGUCUGAUGCUCCAGUGGAGGAAGCUGCUGUGAAGCUAGUGUCUGAUGCUCCAGUGGAGGAUGCUGCUGUGAAGCUAGUUUCUGAUGCUACAGUGGAGGCUGAAACAGCUAAAGACUCUGUGGCGGAAGCUAGUGAAGCUGCAGCAGGAGUCUCUGCUGCUGAGGAAGAAAAAGCAGCAAGUACACCGACAAGUCCAGACACAACAGCACAACCAAGUGAUAGCCCGAAAAAAGAUUAAAGGACAUGAAGAUGUGCAUAGAACUUUGAUGGUUAUUGUUUACCUGUAAUUCACAUGUAUAAAAUCAGUUGUCUGUAUAAUUAUUAAAUGAAUUGUUCAAAUAAUGGUGGAACUUUUGUAUAUUUCAUUUGAGCUGUUAACCAAAGCUGGAUAGACAAUAAAACACUUUUGUAACCUAAA